UGCUAAAUCAUGUCAGAAGCACAUGAGAUCAGGCCAGCUCCAAGUUCAAGGACGUCUUUGCGCCAUUCCUGCCUAGCUUCUCGGGUCGGGAAUGGAGGCGGCGCUCCUCGAUGCCACAGGCACUGGGAAGCAUGGUAGCAACAAUGAGGCGGAGGCCGGCGCUGUGGUGCGCGAGGUCAAGAAGCAGCUGUACCUCGCCGGGCCGCUCGUCGUCGGGUUCCUCCUGCAGAACAUGGUCCAGAUGGUCUCCGUCAUGUUCGUCGGCCACCUCGGCGAGCUCGCGCUGGCCAGCGCCUCCCUGGCCACCUCCUUCGCCGGCGUCACCGGCUUCAGCUUGCUGGCAGGCAUGGCGUGCAGCCUGGACACGCUGUGCGGGCAGGCGUUCGGCGCGGGGCAGCACCACCAGCUGGGCGUCUACAAGCAGCGAGCCAUGGUGGUGCUCGCUCUCGUAAGCGUCCCGGUGGCGGUGGUGUGGACUUACACGGGCGAGAUCCUGGCGUGGUGCGGGCAGGACCCGGAGAUCGCCGCGGGCGCCGGCAGCUACAUCCGGUGGCUGAUCCCGGCGCUGUUCGCGUACGGGGCGCUGCAGUGCCACGUCCGGUUCUUGCAGACGCAGAACCUGGUGGUGCCCGUGAUGCUGAGCGCCGGCGCCACCGCCGUAUGCCACCCGGCCGUCUGCUGGCUGCUGGUGCGCGCGCUCGGCCUGGGCCGCAACGGCGCCGCGCUGGCCAACGCCGUCUCCUACCUCGCCAACCUCUCCUUCUUGGCCGUCUACGUCAGGGCGUCGCCGGCCUGCAAGUCCACCUGGACGUGCUUCUCGGCGGAGGCGUUCCGCGGCGUCCCCGACUUCCUCAAGCUCGCCGUGCCUUCGGCUGUCAUGGUGUGCAUGGAGUGGUGGUCCUUCGAGCUCCUGGUGCUGCUGUCCGGACUGCUCCCAAACCCCAAGCUGGAGACGGCCGUGCUGUCCAUCUGCUUGAACACUAGCUCAUUGGCGUUCAUGGCCCCGCUUGGGCUUGGUGCUGCCGUAAGCACGCGCGUGUCGAACGAGCUUGGAGCAGGGCGGCCUCAGGCGGCGCGACUGGCGGCGCGGGUGGUGGUGCUCCUGGCGCUCAUUGUGGGCAUGUCGGAAGGCCUGGUCAUGGUGCUGGUACGCGAUCUGUGGGGGUACGCGUACAGCAACGAGGAGGAAGUGGCCAGGUACACCGCCAGGAUGAUGCCGGUCCUCGCCGUGUCCGUCAUGCUCGACAGUCAGCAGUGUGUGCUUUCAGGUGUCGUUAGGGGCUCUGGCCGCCAAAAGACCGGCGCUUUCAUCAACCUUGCUGCCUACUACCUCGCUGGUAUCCCUGCCGCGUUCGCUUUCGCCUUCGUCUGCCAUCUCGGGGGAAUGGGUCUCUGGUUUGGGAUCUUGUGCGGCCUGGUGGUGCAGAUGCUCUCGCUGCUCUCCGUUACCUUAUGCACCAACUGGAAUGAAGAAGCACUGAAUGCGAAGAGCAGAGUUUUCAGUGAUGCUCUUCCUGUAGACAUGGAAACAUGAGAUCCUGUCGACGACAUUCGCUUGAACUUAUCCGCCAUGGCAUAGUAUUUUUCUCUCACAACAAAUAAGCAUCAGUCUUGCAAGCGUUUAAACUGGAGAGGGAAGCCAAACGUGGGAAUUGUGUCUGACUAAUAACAUCAUCGUCGUCUAGAGUCUUCAUUUUUCUCAAGUACUCUCGAUUCCUCUUUGGGCGUGGUCGAUGGAGAAAUCCACAUAUGCACAACUUGAGCUCCAGUGUUCGAUGCGAACAUAACUUGGAUGGAUCCCCAUGCCUCAACUGUCGUGGAACAUGCAUGUGGUGACCUGGGUGAGGAUGUACGUAUCUGCUGGUUAGAGACGAGCCCCAGGACCUGCUGUCAUCAAAUACCAGAUUUUGACGCCAUCACUUCUUUGCCGUUAGUCCUUUUGAUGGUCAUCUCGGCGGGGAACGCCGAUAUAUAUGAAUGAAGAAACGAACAGUGUAUGAUUGCUCUUGAUAAGCUCCUCAGAAACAGGUUGGACAAUUAUAUUAAGACAGAGUUUAGUUUAUGUC